GUUUCGGAUAAUGUGAAUGACUUGUGCGUUAAGAUCAAUGGUACCAUCUUGAGGUUCGGUCUUAAAGAAUUUGCAAUCAUGAUUGGCCUCAAGUGUUUUGAUAAAAAUCAAAGAGUGCCGGAUAUUGAAGAAUCAAAGUCGUUUUUGUAUAAAUACUUUGAGAAUAGUCAAAAGGUAACAAGGUCCGAGUUAUUGCAAUGCUUCUUGAAGAAGCCUUGAAAAUCAAAUAAUGAUGCAUUGAAAAUGGUUGUGAUGUAUUUCAUUCAUCUUGGCUUAUUCCCAAAUGAAAAUGAACAUGUCAUCCACAAAAGCAACUUUUAUCUAGUUGAUAGUGGUAUGUACGAGACAUAUCAUUGUGGCAAAGUGAUUUUUGAAGCUACCUUGAAGUCAAUGCGUGAUAAAAUAAGAAAAAUAAAAAACAUGAACAGGAUUGGGGGUCUACCACUUGCAUUUCUCACUUGGUUUUAUGUGUGUUCGUGUAAUUUGGAUUGGAGUAUUGCUACUCGAGUUGGCACGAAGUCUCCACGAAUACUGAACUGGAAAGUAACUAACAUGCCUUCGCUUAAUGAUCUUAAAGUUAAGAAUAUUGAUGAGUGGAAGGCGAGAAAUAUAUGUGCUACUCAUGAAGAAAAAUCAAAGCCUUAUCUUCAGGGCUUCUAUGAUGAUAUGCGUAAAGCUCAUGAAGUACAUGAUGAUUUUUGCACCCCACCUGCAAUGUCCUGUACAGAAAAAUACCAAAGAAGAACCUCUUGUGUGCAAGCUCCCUCUUUGAAACUUGAUGAUUUGAAGCUUGAGAUCAUAAAACUCAGGGACAAACUUGGAGUUCUUAAUGAUAAAGUCACAAAAUUGAAUGACUUUGUGGUAUCUUCAUUCAAAGAACUGUUCAAACUUAUGAAGGACAAGAAAAUUGAAGAGUUUGAUGGCGAUGAGCAUUAUCGAGUUGAUAAGAUGCAUAUCAUGAACUCCCCCUAAUGACACAACUGAUUAUGGUGGUGAUGCCAUGAAGGGAGUAGAUGCUUCUACUAGUUAGUUUUUAAGAUUUCAAGUUGUUUUGUAUAUUUCAUUUUUGUUCUGUUGUAUCUAUUUUUAUUUUAUCAACACUUUUUAUACAUUGUCUUAUGCUUUGUGUAGUUGCAAAUGCACAAGUAGCCACAGUUGAACAAGUUGUUGCUCAAGUAACUCCUGAAAUUAAGUCUCAUGUUGUUGAUA